AUGUCAAUGAAAGCAGCCAGCCGUACGUCGAGUAUUGAGGAAUCGUAUACCAACACAAAUUUCUGGGGAAUUGAUGGCUACAAGAACACUGUCAAACGGCUCGAAGAUGGUGCUACGCUUUGUGAUGAGUUCAUGAAAAUGGUCCAUGAACGGGCUGAAAUCGAGAUGAAAUACACGCUAAAGCUGCGAGAUUGGUCUAAACGCUGGAACGAGAGAAUAAACGGCAAGAUAUCGGAGUAUGGUAGCAUGCUAGAAGUGUUUAAAUCCACCCUACGCGAGGCUGAAGACGUGGCUGAAAUACAUGUCGAAAGGCACAACCGUUUGAAAGCCGACCUAUGCGAAUCGAUAAAACAGUGGAAAAACCAACAUUACCACAAGGCUGUGCUAAAAUGGAAAGAGGUUAAAGAAUGUGAAACGGGUUUUGCGAAGAUUUACGAGCCGUGGGCAAGACGUUAUACUAAAAUGGAUAAAUCGAAAAAGAAUUUCCAUCGAGCAGCGAAACAAUCAGAGCAUGCUUCAGUGACCGCGAGCAAUGCAGAAAAGGACGGCAACAUGCCAGAUAAAGUGAAGAAAUUACAAGAUCAAGAUAUGAAGCUAAAGCUAGAGCUCGAAGAAGCCCGUAAAAAAUACGAGCGGCGCUUGUCUGAAAUGAAUGCGUCAAAUGAUACUUAUGCUGAUGAAUUAGAGGCUGAAUUUAUCAAGUGGGAGCGUUUUGAAAAGGUCCGAUUAACUUUCUUUAAAGACGCCCUACAACGUUACCACAAUGUACUGGAUAUAUCAGAUAAUGAAAGGUAUGCAAUGAAUUUGUGCCUUUUGUAUUGAACCGCAACUAAAUUUCAAUUACCCUCUAAUAUUAAUUUAUAUUUCGUGUUGCCCCGAAAUUUUAAGUGUAGGCUGUUUCCGGUCUUUAAUUUCAUGUCAUUUAAAAUAAUAGCGGCUUAUUGUUGCUCAAAAAAUUUUUAAAUGCCGCUGGAAUUUGCUAAACAUUUUCCAGUCCUUUCUAUUAGAGUUGCCAGUUGAAAACAUCGUCAUCAAUCGGCUGUCAAAGCAAAUCAAAUAGAUACAGUCUCCAUUUGUUUAUAUUUCAAUUUGAAAUUUGAAACCAGGAAAUUAUAAAUGGCGAGAUUUAGUUGGCAUCUCGAUUCAAGUCGAUUUAGGUCCUAAUUCCCCUCGAUAAUAACCAUCUCCAACAAUUAAAAAUGGAUCAUAUUGAGGUCCAAUUCAUACAACUGGUAAUAGGAAUUAAGCAUACAGCGAGCAAUCUUUCUAUCACAAGUCUAUUUCCUCAUCUGUAUAAUUAUAAGCAACUUGCUAAUUUUUCUGCAUGACGUGAUGGCGUCAGAAAACCAAAAACGUGUUAUAGAAAAUUUGUUGUACAUACGCACGUGAAAUGAAUAACAAAUAAAACUUUCCAAUUAUGCCUUGUCACAGAAAACUUGCUAAUUUGUAUAAACCGGCUUAUAUCAAAGGAGGAUCUCAGUGCAUGAGAGUUGACAGUCACGCGAGCUUGGUUAGCUGUUCUGAACUAUUAAUGCUUUCCGAACACUAUCAUGUAUUCAUGUUAAAACAUAGUUGGAACACUCACCAAACCUUAUUUUGCUAAUCUAGUGCUUGAAAUGUCCAGGCUGUAACAAUGUGUGACUACCAAAUCUCAUCUAUGUUUGACUGGGUGUCUAAUGAGCUUAUUAUUAAAGUCAAAUAGAUAUAGUAUCAAUUUGUUUACAUUUCAAUUACAGAAUUGAAAUCAUGAUCUAAUAAAUGCCCUAAUUUAUUUUGACUGAUGAUAUUUAACAAAGAGUAUACUACGCUGUUGCAGUAUGAAAAGUACUGAAAACCAAUAUUGAAAUAAAUAAAAUACCGAUAAUAUUGAGAUAUAUGUAGGUAUUUCCACUCCUAAUUUAUUAAUUGUUUCCAUCACAUGAAAAAUUCCUAUUGUGUUCACGCCCAAAUAUUUUUUGCAUGUUUACAGUUCUAAUUUUAAAUGGCCAAUCAAAUUGUUAUAGUAAUUGUGAUGAAGAACUGGAUAGGCUGUUUAAUUUUCAAUUAAAAUUGUAAACAUGCAAGAAUAGGUAGAUGUGGUCGUCAAUGACCACAAUACUCUGUGCAUAUAAAUACCACAAUACUCUGUGCAUAUAAAUACCACAAUACUCUGUGCAUAUAAAUACCACAAUACUCUGUGCAUAUAAAUGUUAACCCAUUGAUUGCCAGUGCUGUCUUUUUGACAAGUGAAUUGUCUUGCAUUAGACAGUAAAGUAAUAAAGUAUAAGUGCAUUAGAGCACAGUACAACUUGAUGCUCCCUACUUUAUUAUAUUUCUCUGUGCAUAACUAGGUGUAUAGUCCUAUAACAUAUUGAGCAUGAUCACUCUCUCCUUGAUGAGUACAAUUGUCUGGCAUUGGACAGAGUACAAUAACUAGUAAAAGUAAAAUUUAUUUAAGCCAAAUGAACUAAGCAACUUGGACAUUUUCCAAAAAGAAUUCAUGCGAUUUCAUUGGUCGAGAGCCAUGAUCUAUUAGAGGGCAGGCGCAUGGAAUUACGUCAUUAGUUUUUAUAAAAAUGUUGAAAAUAUUUGAAAAUUCCACUGAAUUUAUACAAAUUGAAUGAAUUCAUGCAAUUAAAUCUAGUAUAAACAUCAAUAAAUACCUUCGAUAAAUGUGCAAAAAUCACUCACAAAAGCUAGCAACUCGGCAAAUCUCAAUUCAGUCAUUCAGCUGCGACUUCAAAUUCAAUCCGGUCUUCGAAAACAAAAUAUUUGACUCAUUUGACCCUGUCGAUGUCACAUUUUCCGGCUGGUUUCUUCACUUUGUGUAACAUAGACAAUGUUUAAGUGCUUUUCAAUCGCCAUAGAUGCUCAGAACAAAAUAAUUGCCUUUUUAUCACACAUGUUUAGUUCUUUAAAACAAUGUUUUAUCUGUUUUGAAUACUUUGAUAAAUUUUUAGUUUUUAAGUUUUUCCUUGGGUCAUUCCAGAAAACAUCCAUACCUCCCCCAUGGAGGAAACUGGAAGUUAACCCCCUACCCCCUUCGGAUGUCCUAAUACACUUACUAUUAUCAGAAACAAUUUUUUUUUCUCCCCAUCCCCCUCCGGACGGCAGAAAUUUCCUCUGUGGGGGGAGUGUGGAUCUUUUCUGGAACGACCCAUUUCUUAUAUGAAAAUGCUGUGCUGAGUAGUUAUAUUACUGCCUUAAAAAACAAGCAGAAACUCGACGUUUCAAGCGAAGGCCCUUCGUCAAGAGUUAGUCAGUUAUAGAGUUAUAUGUUGCUUUGCAACAAUGCUAGGGCAUAAAUAAUGAACAUUAUCCGUGGAGGGCUAUUUGGUUUACUAAGCCAAUGUCCAAUAUUAAGCUGCAAAUAAGCAAUACCCAUCAUACCUUGCGUGCUCAACAACCUUUUUUGAAUUGGCUAAUAGUAUAUAUAGUUUUAAAGUCAUGAUCCCCAACCUAUGUGGGUGCAUGGCAGUUUAAAAAUGGACGACCAUUUUAGCAAUCCUGGAUAAAAUCCUGAUUCACACCACAUUUUUGCACAGUUUGGACACCGCAAUAUCUUAUGAAGUUUCUGCCACUGCCAAUCAUACAUGCACCACUGCUAUGAUGAAGAUACUAAUUGUGGUAGUUAGUAUGUCACUGUAAAUAAGUUACAUUUUCCUAAUUGCUUGUAUUGAAUUUUGCAGGAUGACCAAUAUUUACAAUGGCUUAUUAAACAAAGUGAGAGGUUCUGAUGCAACCAAAGACUUGAAGUGGUGGUCGACACAAUAUGGACCUGGAAUGACAAAGAAAUGGCCUGAAUUUGAGGUGAGUUUCUCUUUUUGAGGUUUCAUUUCCAAAUGAUGUACACAACUGCGGCCGGUUGUACAAAAGAUGGCUAAAUCGUCAUCCAGAGGAUAAAUUUUAUCUUGAGUGAAAAUCGUGUUGUAUUGUACCACACUGGAAAGUAGGACACUUUAGCCCGAGAUCUCCUGCGGCUGGCUAGCUAGGUUAUAAUACUAAUUACUAAUAAAUUUCUGUUAUUGCAACAGUUCUCCUGCGGCAACUUGUUGACGCUUUCCACCCAGGGUAUUGUACGAAAUUCAGAUAGCAUUAUCCAAUGGAUAAAUGUACACUAUCCGUUUGGUAAAUUUAUCGGGGGGGGGGGGACAUUCGCCAAUAACGAUCUAUAACCAUAUGUCCGUGGCUGGGCAACUUUACGAAUUCAGUCCUGCUCAGACGAAGGUUGAAGGUAGAAAUGAAGAACUACCAUUGAGAAGUCCCUUUUUUGACACUAAAUGAACAUGGAAAUUGGAAAACUUAUCUAUCAUUUUUCUUGCUCUUGACGUACGCCGAGGUCACAUGCCUACUAAAGAAUGCAAUGGCUUUGCCAUAUUUUACAAAGACCAGUGUCAGUGCUAAAGUAUUCAGAUGGCUUUUUGCCUUCUUCUAUUUUAUAAAAAAACAACAAGUACUGUAGCAAAACUUUCACUAUUGGUUGUUAAAACAAACAAUGACUUCCUUUGAAAGUUCAAAGCCGAAUAAAUAAUUAAAUAUGCAUGCAUAUAUAUACGUAAAUAGACAACAAAACACCGAAAGUUCGCUCACUUAAUUCCUUUGAUCAGCCAAUCAAAUCUUGGGAGAAAAUGUUCUUAAAAUUGUUUUGAAUAAAGUGCAAGGUCAAGGAAUAAGUAUUGGGACAGUACAGUGAAUAAAACUGAAUGAACGUACUGAAACAAAACAAAGCUAACUGCCUUUGCUAUUGCCUAAUUCGCAUAAAGAAGCUAAAAAUCUUUCAAAAAACUCAUCGAUGAGUGGUGAAAUGUGGUUAAAUUGAAGUAUUGCAACGAAUGGGCGAGAAAAUGCAAAACUCAUAUAAUAACUAAAAUAUAAACAUAAACAAAAAAAAUUUAUUGCAAGUUGGCAAUUCACAAGUUAUACAAAGACACUACAAUAAAAGUUUACAAAUGCCCAGCAACAGCUGAUGUACAGGUAGAGAUAAGAAAUUUUGUGAAAAUCAAAGGUUAUCUGACGGAUAGCUAUUCACCCCAUGCUAUCUGUUCUUCGUACAAUGCAUUUUUAUCUGACAGAUAGCUCCAUCAGAUAGGACUUACCGGGCAACUUAUCCACCUUUCGUACAGCCGGCCCCUGGAGUUUAGAAACUUGUUUUGUGAAUCAUGCAAUUUGAUUGACUGAUCAUGUGACACUCAUGAUAUCAUCUUGUCUUGUUGACUUGCUCGAAGUCCCCUUUCUGCCUAAAUGCGAAUUUAACAUGUCGCAACGGAAAAGGAAUACGCGAUUGUAUACAAUGCACGUUUACAUCUUUCGUUUAGUUUUCCUUCUUUUUAAUUUCAAAAGUACCCAAACCACAAACCAUAGAAGCUUUUCAAAGAAUAAUAGUGUAUGUCAACUUACGAAUCAUGUUAUAUGAUUCUCGAAAUGGUCCUUGUGAGCAAGAUGACAGCGAGAGUGAUCUUGCUUAUAGUUUAACUCAAACUUGCAGCAUGUACAUCAUUUUUAUCAAAUGUCUCUUGGCGCAACAUACAGUAUGUCCUUAUGAGUGUAAAUGAGCUAUUAUUGUAUACUGUACAUUUCAUUCAGUUAGUCUUGCCAGAGUCUUUGCGACAUUAGCAGUAAAAUAUAGUUUACUUUUAAUAUGCCAAUUAUUCAUAUCUUGCGUUUACGGGAGAGAAAAGGUUUGUGAUUCGUGGAGAAUUUGACAUUGUAGCAUUUCCUGGAUUUCACCAUCAUGAAAAGCAACAUCGCUUGUUUCGGAUAAUGGUCGUCUCUGAAUGCUAAGGAUGUCCUGGUUCGCCAAUAAAGAACGAAGAAAGCCUCCAACAUCCCUGGCCCGCGUUUACACGAGUUGUAAGUUCGGGUUCGCAAGGUUUUUUUCUCAAAGUUUAUUACACGCUUCUUUAAAAUGAAAAAUAUUAGCCUUUGGCCUGUUGUUUGAAAGCUGGUUGCCUUAAUACUGUACGUUAACAAAAUCUUCCCAGAAACAUUUCUAUAAAAUAUUAGCCGAGAUAUAGGCGUUUAAACUCAAGGUAGCAUUUUUGGAAGCGAAAAAUGGCCAUUUUAUUACAAUGAUGCAAAUUUAUAGACCAUUUUACACCAUUUUUCGCUUCUUCCAAAAACGCUAUCUUGACUGUGAACCCCUAUAUCUCGGCUAAUAUUUUAUAGAAAUAUUCAAGGCAUGCAUCAAAAUUUAAAUUAGACAUUACUGCGUUCAAUCAACUUUAUUGGAAUAAGAUUUUUAAUUACAAUAAGUCAAAGAGGGGGGAACUUUUUUGCGCCACCCGGUAGAAGUUUUAUUUUCUAAAUUUCUGAAAUAAACAGUCGGGCAGAAAUAGACACUGUAAAGUGUACCUUGGGUCGAACAAUUGAUUGGCACGCUUGUCUUCCAACAUAAUUUACCAUCAUACAGAUUUUAGUGCGGGAUGCAGUGUCCCAUUGCAUUGCAGGAAAGCUGAGGAUGGACAGACAUGCAACUAUACUGUAUAGCUGAAAAAUACAGAAGAAGAAGUGGAUGUAAGAAGAGCAUCGACAUUUCGAUCGAAGGCCGUCUGUGGCCGGUUGUAUAAAACUCUUAAUCACUUUUUUAAUCACUAUUUUGUAGUUAAAUAGUGAUUAACUCUCAAAUACGCGCUUCUUAUUGGACGACGUUUCCACUAACUAUAGUUAACUUUUAAUCACUUUUUUAUACAACUAGGCCCUGGAAGUUAAUCUUUCUUCUUCCCGACCAAGUGCCUUCGCUUGAAACGUCGAAGUUCUCCUUACCGUAUUUUUCAGGUAGUUGUAUCAUAUCAAUCCGCUGCUUUCUUAUUAUUGGCGCUGUACCUACACUGCCACAGACCCUUGGGGAUUAUAUCAUUGCAUUGCAACCCCAUAUCUAUCCAGUAAGAAAAUUUCUAAAUUGAUCACCAGAAAAACAGGUCAAAUGCUUCAUUCAAACCGACCUAUCAUUGCAGCGCGAAAAGAUAUGCUAUAUUGCACUAACCAUGAUCGGUAUUGUGCUUUACAAUAUGAUCAUCCAUCAAUUAAGACAUAAAAAAUGUUUAAGCAAUGGCCCAGUCUCACGCCUCUGUAGUAUGAAACCCACAAGUGCACUGAAUAGUCAGUGUCUCGCUUUUGUUCAGCACAUAAAUAUUGUGCUUAUAUGUAUACGUAAGAGCGUGUACACAGUAGGUACAUGGAAAUUUUGACUGUUCCAGAAAAGAAGGCUUGAUUAGCUGGAUGAUAACUAUAGUUUUUGGUGGUUUGCAAUCAAUCCCUUGAGAUUUGUAAGACGAAUGUAUGCUAGCCAUGUUUAGAACGUGUACACAGUAUGUAGUUUUGGGCCGUUCAAUGAAAGGAAGCUUGGUUAUCUCGACGUUAACUGUACUGUAGUUCGCUCAUUUGAAUCUGUUGCUGCUGGUAAAUUCACUGCGAAUCCGAAUGCCUUUUCUCUCGUGUAAACGUGGUCUCCUGCUCCUCUACAGGAACCUGAUGUAUGGAAUCUUCCCUCGAACCGCCAGCCAACCAAACAAAGCUUCGUAAGACGUCUUAGCUUGCGAAAGCGGAACAACAAACGACAACAAAGACCACAGAUUACGAUGACGUCACCUGUACAACAUGAUAAUACAAGGUUGUCAGAAUCAAUCUCGUAUGAUUCGUUCAGUGGCUCUACAGAAUGGAGUAAUGAAGAUGUUUCUCCCAAUAAUAAUCUUGACUAUGAUAAUCCUAGGUCAUCAUAUUAUCAGAAGCCUGCAAGCGCUCUACGUGAAAGCUCAUCUCAUGAUGAACGUUAUAGAUCACCAAGCAUAGUAGAUCAAUAUACAGAUGCGUGGAAUCGGAGUACAACAUUCUCCCCGACAAACGAAUAUCAAAAUGGUUAUUCCACUUACGAUCAACCUAGCG